AUGAGAGGUCCAAGAGAACCCCCGCCAACCCCCCACCGGCAUCUCAACAUCGCGACAUGGAGAGUGGGAGAAGAGUGGAGGAGGAGCAGGAGGGAGAGACAAGAAAUCCUGUGGCAGCUGAGUACGCUGCAAGUGGAUAUCAUAGUGCUGCUAGACGUCACCUUCGAGAACAGAGCAGAGCAGCGGCACGUCGAGAGGCAGUGGGCGAAGUGGGGCCUCGCCAAGUGGUCCUACGCCGCCCAGCCAAUCAGUCCCAACGAGAACAUCACAACGGCAGCAGCAGCCCCGCAAACCCACGGCGGAGAGAGGAGGAGAACUGAAAGGACCGAGCAAGCGACAGAGAGGACGGAAACGAGGAGAGGAGAGGCGGCGGCGGCAACAGCGAGGCCCAACGGCGACGGCGGCGGCCAGAGGAGACCAGCCCUGGCGAGAGUGGUCUUGGACGAGUACAGGGAGGGCAUCGAAGACGACCUCCUGCAAACGUACCUGAAGGAGGAGAAAAGACAAGAGCGACUCAGACAGUGGCGGCAAAGGAGACAACUAGGGUACCAGGAGGCGGACGAGGCGGAGCAGGAAGCGGCGGCGACGAUGGCGGAGCAGGAAGAGGGGGGCAGAGAGAGGGACCCCCGAAAGAGGUUCGUCGUGCGCAUGCGGUACCGGGGAAACGACGAAAAGGUGCUGACCAGGGAGUUCCUGGUGGGCACGUUCCUCCUGCAACAGCUGGAGAUGGAGGCCAAGGACUUCCUCGUGGUCAUCAUCCCGUGGGGCUCCAGAGAGGUGGACGUGCACCUGAGCAGCGAGGCCACCUACCGCAAGUUCUGGGUGCGGUGCCGCGAGUGGAACCACCAGGAGCUCAACUCCAUGCUGCGCUACUUCGACCUGGUGCCGCUGUUCCAGGGAGAUGCCAGGGUCAUCACCGUCAGCUUCAGGGGCAUGGAGAUCCCCAAGGAGGACAUCGACCACUGGCUGAGGAACCACUGCAAGGUCCUCCUGCCGCCGCAGAAGAAGAGGGACAAGUUUGGCAUCUGGAACGGCGAAUACAAGGCCAUCGUGAUGCUACACCCGAAGAAAGGCGAGACGGAGGAGGACGAGGAGAGCCAGCAAAGGCGGCAGUGGAGAGAACUGAGAGCAGAACUGAGAGCAUUUGUCGUUCAGACAGUCUCUUUAUUAACGUGUCUCAGUUCGCUCGGGUUGCAGGGCAGCAGCCCCACGCCCUGGGCUCAGCCUUACACGAAUCGCUCGGGCCCUCUGAACCGAACAAAGCGGGCACUUUGCUAUACACAGAAAAGCUUCACCCAAAGAGGAGUGUUAUCUACUGUCAACAGCAUCUAUGACCUUCUUGGAUUUGCUGCACCUGUUGUCAUUCAAGGCAAGUGUUUGCUGAGAGAAUUCACCCAAGACAUAAAGGACUGGGAUCAACCUCUGUCAGAUCUGGAGAAGUCCAGAUGGGAAAACUGGAAAUCAGCACUAACAGCCUUGAAACCAUACCAAGGAGAUAUGUAUUUAUCUCACCCAGCUCAGGAGAACAUGUAUAGCUUCACAUAUUUUCCGAUGCUUCAGUUAAAGCCGUAG